AUGCAGUUCUACCUUGCCAAUGGAGUUCCAGUUUUUGUUCCUGCCAUAUUUCCGUCGAAGCAGAUUUUAGCUGCCUGGCCAGUGUUUAAGCUGCUGCACCUUCUAGAGCUACUUUUGAUUAUUGCUAUGUGUCCAGGAGCCGUAUUACUCGUCAAAGCACUUGGGAAAUCCGUGCGAUUAUUUCAUAGGAAUCUCAUACAAGUCGCACAGGUUCAUCUCAUUGCUUUCACCCUAUCGCAAAUUACACGCAUUUUUAUUCUUCUCUAUGAGGUAGACUUUGUGGAGGAAAAAGGUUCCUUCGAUAUCCCAUUGCUUUCCUUAUUCUUUGUAAGAUAUAUAUUGUUAUGCUGCCUAGUGACAAUAAUUCCGGCCAUUGUAGCCGAGAGAGCAUUUGCGUCACGACAUAUUAGCGACUAUGAG